CGAUUCUUACAAGCUUGACUAUAACAGGUCUAAAUCCAAAUUCUUAUUAGCCUGUCUCUCCUCGAUUUCUUUCUCCCUCUCUCUUCGCUCUGGUUCUAAUUUCUAUCUUCCCGUCCAUCGAAACCCUAAAAUUCUCUUUCUUCGUCUUCUGAUUUCUCCAAAGUAGCUGUAGAACCUUAUAUUUGAUCACUUGCUGUCUUACAAAUCGGUCCUUCUUCGUGGGCAUGCGGAAGAUUUUUGUUGAGCCAAGAUCCUCGGCGAACCCUCAUCUCAGCUUUGGAGUUUGGAUAUUUCCGCGGUUUCCAAAGAUUAUACUUGGGAGCUAUUUUUAUUCUUCAUCUUUCAAAGGAGAAGCAAUCGUUAUUUUUUCCCAGGUUUGUGGUCCUUUUUUCAGAUUGAAGGUGGCAUUUACUCUUUGACUGCAUUUUGUCAAUGGUUAGCGGUUCUUUGAUGGAACCACCUCUUGAUGUGAGCGCUGAGAUUGAUAGAGUGAAGGAAGUUGAGAUGAAUGGAAUAGUGGCCUUGCAUAAUGGAGUACCUCAGGAUAUGCUUACUGAUUCCUCUAAGAAAGAUGAGAUCAAGGAAAUAAUCAGUGAUGGUGACAAGGUGCCUAAUGUUGGAAUGACUUUCAAAACAUAUGAUGAAGUAUCUAAUUUCUAUAAGCAAUAUGCUUUACGAGUAGGGUUUGGUGUAAUUGUCAAGAAGUCAUGGUUCUCAAAAUCUGGGAAGUGCAGGAGAGUUUUACUUGGAUGCUCUAGGGCAGGCAGCGGGCGAGCAGAUGCAUGUUAUCAAGCAAGAUUGACUGCUAAGACUAACUGUCAAGCUAUGAUAGGUGUAAGGAGGCUGGAUGAUGGUUUACUACACAUUGUGGAAGCUAAUCUUGAGCAUAAUCAUCCAGUCAGUCCAUCAACAGCACAAUCCCUGAGAUGUUACCAGAAAAUGGCAUGUGAGAUAAAUCUUAUCCAUUCUGCGGGAAAUAGGAGUUCUCACAUUGUUGAAAAGGGCAUUGGAAAUGCUCUGGAAUUUGGGAUGCUUAAGCUAGGGGAAGGGGAUGAUGUAGCUAUUCAUCAAUUUUUUGCUAGAAUGCAGAAUAGAAAUCCAAAUUUCUUUUAUUCAGUGCAUCUUGAGCACCAUGGUCGUAUGAAGAAUCUGUUUUGGGCUGAUGCAAGAUCAAGGGCUGCAUCCUCAUAUUUUUGUGAUGUUGUAUCAUUUGAUUCAACCUGCUUGACUGUAAAGUAUGAUUUGCCUCUUGUUUCAUUCAUUGGAACUAAUCAUCAUGGUCAGACAGUGUUGUUGGGUUGCGGUUUGCUUUCAAAUGAAACUGUAGAGACAUAUAUUUGGUUAUUUAAGACUUGGUUAGCAUGCAUUAUGGGAAGUCAACCAAAUGCUUUCAUCUCAGACCACUGUAAGGCCAUCCAAUUGGCAGUUGCGGAGGUGUUUCCAAGAACCAGGCAUCGCCUCUGUUUAGAUAAUAUAAUGAAAAAAAUUCCUGAAAAAUUGAAAGGAUACGCAGAAUUCAUUGAGAUAAGGAAGACACUAAAGAAGCUGGUAUAUGAUUGUUCAAGGAUUGAUGAGUUUGAAGAGAAAUGGAAUAAAAUGAUCGAGGGAUUUAGACUUGAAGGAAAUGAGUGGCUUAAUGCUUUAUAUGAAAACCGGCAUUCAUGGGUCCCCCUUUAUCUCAAGGACACUUUUUGGGCAGGCAUGUCUGUUUCCAAGCGUGGUGAGAGUUUAAGUUCAUAUUUUGACGGAUUUGUGAAUCCAAAGACCACAGUUAAGCAAUUUCUUAGUAAAUAUGAGACCAUCAUCCAAAGCAAGUGCAAGAAGGAAGCACAAGCAGACUCUGAAUCACUCUAUAAGGUCCCUUUGAUAGCAUCAAAAUUUUACAUGGAAGAGCAACUAUCAAAAAUGUACACUCUGAACAUGUUCAAAAAAUUCCAAGAAGAGCUAAAAGCCACCAUGUAUUGUCAUGCUUCACCAAUUAAGAUAGAUGGGCCUAUUCAUAUUUUUGAGAUUAAAGAAUGUUCAUAUAUGGAAAAUGGUAAGAGAACUGAGAGCAAGGACCAUGAGGUCUGUUACAAUUCAGAUGAACUUGCUGUUCAUUGUGUAUGCGGCUUUUUUCAGUUUAAUGGAAUUUUAUGUCGACAUUCAUUGGCAGUUUUUAAGUUGCAACAAGUUUUUGAAAUUCCAUCUCCUUAUGUUCUUGAUCGCUGGAAAAAGGAUUUUAAGAGGUUGUACCGUUUGGCUCGCUACUCAGAUGAUAUAAUACCUAAUACCCCAGUGGAGCGUUACGAAUACUUGUCUGUACGCCUACUUCAACUUGUAGAACUCGGAUUUGUGUCUGAAGAGAGGUAUCAGCUUGCAUUAAAACUAAUAAGGGAGCUAGAGAAGUCUCUUUUGGAUGAUCCUGAAGGAAGAGAGAGGCAACCCAGGCUUCUUUCUUUUGAGUCUCAGACCAGUCAGUGUGUUAAUGACCUUUUGUCAUCACAAUUUGCUAUGUCAAAGAACAGUAAGAACCCCCCUUCUUUUCCUGCAAAGCGAAGAGGCAGGCCACCAAAAAAAAUCAAACAAUCUAAUUUAGAGAUAUUAGUCCAGACAAAUAAGGAGCAGGAUUUUCUAAGGCCGUCUCUCAUCGGGAGUGAGAACCUUGUAUUUCAAGCUGCCUCAGCUUCUUCACCCCUUGAUGUGCAUGUGGGAUCACAAGGAUGCAUCGAUUUAAUGGAAGAUGUUAACUCCAAUGAGUUGUCAUUCAGUACACAUUUUGGUGUUCAUGCUAACCCUCAGCAUCAUUUGGGAGCUCAAAAUCUAUAUGAACAGCAGGCAUUGGAAAAUCCACCGAGAGUACAAUGGCUUUAUCCACAAAAUUAUCAGGAGGAAGCACGAACAAUUCGAAGGACCGGAUAGAAGAGUUUGCAAGGAACUAUUUUCUCAGGUUACCACUAGCUUUCAUCCUGCAUGAUUUGCCUAGCCUCUAUGUUUUGGCUAUGCCUAAAUUCAGAAAUAAACUAUCUUUCCCCUGUACUUCUGAUGAAGUUGCAGCCUCGUUUGCAUUUGAACAUGGAAAUUGGAAGGAGCGUGUUCUUGUCAGAUUUUGAACGAGAAAAAAAUACCCCAUGAAUUCAAGCAAUAAGUCUGAUUUUGGACCUGCCUUGAGAACAUUCAAUAAUUUGACAGGUAUGAAUUUAGAACCAGUGGAGUUGGGAGUUGAAGAUAGUUUUAUGCAAGCUUAAAAGUUUCAUCUUGAUUUUGAUACUGCCUUUCCUGUUAAGUUUCCUUCUUCUUAAAGGUACAUAUCACCAAGGGCUUGUUUGGUUGCUUGAAUUUAGAAUAUUUAUGAUGAAGAUUGUUAGAUUCAUCAUAAAAUUAAAUAUAAUUUAGCACUAACAUUAAGUUCAAAGUACACAAACAUCCUCUCAAAGCAAGGAUUUCAAUUUCAUGCUCAAAAUGAGUGAAAACAUUAUUUUCUAAAAUAUAUUUUAUCUACGAGCAAUCAAACGAUCCCUGUGCUGUGCUGUGAAAAACCUGAAGACCUGGAUUCACAAACUGGAGCCAAGGAGGCUAAUGGAUUCAUCAACUAAAGAUUUGGCAGCACUCACUAUAUUCAUGGGAGACUAGGAGAUUCAAUCAAAAUGGCUGCAUGUGAGUAGCUUAGUAUUCACUUACUUCGGGAGAGUGGAGCAUUUGAAAACUUCAUCAUUUUAAGGGGAGAUUAAUCUGUGGACACCAGACGGAAGAACCAUCCGAUACCGCUUAGUACGGUGUUCAGUAUCAAGCAUGAUACACUUUUUAGAUGAUGUGACACAUUUUUAUUGACCUCUGAAAUUUGUCCAUUUUAAGGCUCAUGAUCAUGGUGACAAGUACUACUGUCAAUCGAGUCAUUAUUAUUUCUUUUUGUCAAAGGAAUAGUUUUUAUAAGAGAAAUAGCAAACUUUAGAAUUCAACAAGUAUCCAUAUUCAUUAAGAGAAUUCAGCAGUUUUGCAUUGAUAAAAUCCCUUUUUAUAUAGUUGCUGACAAUUGUAGCUCUCUCUCUCUCUCUCUCUGGUGCGUAUGAAAUAUAUUUCCAUAUUCCUUCUCUCAUAUGCAACAUUUUUUAAUGCAAGGAGAAUUCACAUGGACCAUCCUAAGAGAGAGACCAUCCUAAUCAGAUUUGAGGAAUGCUGCUGGUUUCUACAAAGUUUCCAGUGUUGACUUGUUAUUGGAACUCCAAAGCUUUCACAAAUAAAAUAAGCAUGGUGUAAUAGAAAUAAUAGUUUAUGUCUGAAGAAAAGGAUUUUACUUAAUAUUUCUCAAAACAACCUAUCUAUUUUUAAGUGAUACCUUUGCCUGUUGAACCGGUUGUGCAAAUAUAACGAAGAGAAACGAUAGCGUAAGUUAUGUGUACAAUAUAACUAAUCUGUAUCAUAACCUAAUUUAUUAGAAUAUAAUAACCAUAGAAAAGCAGAUUUUCAAUUUUUAUGAAGCAUAAAAUUUAUAAUACACAAUAAUUUUAAAAAAUAUUAGAUUUCCAACAACAAUAUUACAAAUAAUUGCAAUGAGACCCACAAGUCUAGAAUGCAUACAAACAUAGCACUUCAGAUAUUUCUUAAAGCAAGAGAGCAUCAUAGUCCAUUGUUUCCAAGGCAUUCCAAUGAUACAUAAUGUACAUGAAUAUUUUAUGAUGGAUUAGGUAGCUUAUUCAGAA